CACGUACUCACGUUUGAUGAUAAAAGUUUAGAAGAAAGAGAUAGAGCUUUGCCGCGGAAAGCAAGUCGCGACCUGUUUGUGUGCGUGAGAGAUACGCGCACACUUCAACCAAAGUGCGUGCGAGCUUGUGUUACUACGCGUGUGUCACAUCGGGAGGCCGUAGCCUCGUACCAGGGAGAAACCGAUACACGCAUCGAAAAUAGAGUUUUACUACCUGCUGCGCCUGCUGUCAGCCCUGUGGCUCUGCCCUACGGAGAUCGUGGAGAAAUCAGCAUGGAACUGCAGUGUGAUAUUUGCUUUCUUCAGUUUGAUCUGGACUGCCAUCGACCGAAGAGUUUGCCGUGUGGACACACUAUUUGUAAAGAAUGCGUGCAGAAUCCUGCCAUGGGUAAGAAGUGUCCAACAUGCAGGAAGGAACUGGAGGGUGACCAUGCCGUCCUCCCUGAUAACAUCUUAGCCAUCCGAUUGAUUGAGAAUGGCACAAGCCCUUGCAAGAUUCCCAGGAGAGACAAUAUAAAGCUGAAGCAGCUGCAGCAGGGCGUGGAUGCGGGAAGGAGGUUGGUGCAGCUGUUGCGGAAGCUGGUCCCCGUGGCAGUGGAGGCCCUGAACCGCCAGCUGGCCUCUUCGGUCACUCAGCUCCGCGAAAUGGAAGAGGCUCUGGAGCGCAGGGCUGCAGCCGACGUGUGCAACACGACGCCGGAGCUCGAGGUGAAGGAGCUGCAACUCGUCGAGCAGUUGGAGGACAGCCUCAGUCUUCUGACCUCAACCAAAUGCAAUGUCAUGGCAGAGGAGGGCCGUGCCGCCUGGAGGGCCUCCGUUCAGCUGGGGCCAGACAGCUACAUUUUGCAUCUUCUCUUGCUGCAGCUGCGGACGGACGGCCAGCUGGAAAAGGUUGCCAAUCCCACGGCCCCUGUCUCUCCGACGACUUUUGUGGGCCCGCCCAUGCUGUCUAUCCUCUCCAUUGUAAACGAAGAUCUUGAUGAUGGUCAGUUGAAGGUGACUGACAUCCUUCGAAACGGCCGGCGAUGGAAAAAUGUCCGAAUCCUCAGAAACGUUAAGGGUGGUGGUUCAGACAAGCUGCUGCGCGUCGUUGCCCCGCACCUCGAGGAGGUAGAGAUCUUGGGCGGUGCUGAACUGAAGGUCAUGGAGGAGGUGGAGAAAAUGUCGUCGCUCAAAAGACUCAAGGUUGAAUGCAGGGAAGACUUGAACGGCAACUACCCUGACCUGCCAUUGCAGCUGAAGGAGCUCUGGAUGCGUUUUCCGAAGGAAAACCAGAUACGAUGUGUGGAGAGCAUGGCCAGGCUGCGCAGCCUGCUGAUAUACGACUACCACGGGCCAAAUGUGACCUUCCUCCCCUCGCAGCACGGGCGGUUGCUGUGGCUGGGCGUGGGCCUCAACACGGAUCACAAGGCCACCAUGCUGUCCCUCAUUCGCGCCCACGCCCUCUCACUACAAGAGCUGCACAUUUACUGUGCCGUCAGUAACGAAGGCGAUCUGCAGCUAUUCUACUUCCCGGAUCUGGGCCAGGACCUGGCGGCUAGCGGCUUGCACGCCCUCCGGCGCCUCGUCUUCCGGCGCUCCACAUUAGAUCCCUGCACGGAGGUCGACGCGUGCUUGCUGCAGCUACGAUCCGUUCGGGGCUGCCUGCCCUCGUCUGUAGACGUUGUUUGCGAGGCUUGUCAUGUUAGGUACCUAUGUUCAAGGGUAACGAGGCCCUAGUACUGCUGUACCUGGGCGCAGCAACAGCAUUGGAGGGGGGAGCGCAAGUGUGUCAUGUCAUAUCGUAUUGUGGCGAUAUUACACGGUUGGGAAAGGAAUCGUUGUCGCGCACCUCUGCUAGCAGGCUGCAGGCUCGGAUGAAAACUGUUCUUUCUUUUUGUUGCAAUUUUGUUCUGUUUCUUUUCUUCAAAGUUUAUAUUUAGUUUGAUAAAGUUUAGGCUAUGGAAAUAAAUCUAGUCUUUCUUGGUAAAUUGUUUAGAAUUAGUUCAGAAGUGCGCCGUGUUUUUCUGCGAUCUGGAAUUUAGCUCGCCAAAGUUUAGGCGAUGAAAAUAAAGACUAAAGUCUUUCUUGGAA